AAAAUAGCUGGGAAUGGGAACCUUUCUGAAUCGUCUUGUAAAUUGACUGCCCUGUAUUAAAAUGUCCUUUUUAUUACCAUUUUAGAAUUAAAGUUGAAGAGAAAUUAGAGUCUGGACUUGAAGCUGAUUCGAGAGCAGAUACAGUUAACCAGAUGAAAAUGGAGUUCCAAGAAUCUGAAAAGCUGGAAGAAAAACCAGAUUUAAGGAGCACAAAUCUUGAAAAUAUGGACGCGUUAGGGCUACAUCACGAAUUUGACAUCAAAACUGAGAGUGACCAAGAUGACAGGCAUGAUUCGGGGUCCGAUAGCGUCCAAAUAAAGAUAAAGCGGGAAAAGGAACAACGAAAUCCACCGAUCGAAGAAGGAAAACAGUCGUUCAGCUGCUAUAUUUGUAACUAUACGAGCCAUUGUAAAAAGGGUUUGAUCGGUCAUAUCAAAAGGAACAAUUGCUAUUUACGAUCUAAUUUGGGAAAAUCACGAUCUGUAUCCAGAAAACAGUAUCUGUAUCGUUGCAUCAAAUGUAAUAAGGUGUUCAAAAGCAAAACAUCACUAGAUAAUCAUUUGGUUAAAAAGCAUGUAGGAUCUAUGGCGUCAGUUUCAUCUAAAAUACAUGAAUGCGCAUUCUGUGAUUUUAAAACCGCUUAUAAAGGGGAUAUAACCAGGCAUGUGCUAAAGCAUACUACUAAACUACGCAUAUGCAGACAUUGUAAUACAUCAUUUAAAACAGAACGAUCGCUUUUUGGCCAUAUUUUAAAGAGACAUCCCAACUUUAGCGGGACAGUUUCUAGUAAGAUAUAUGAAUGUAUGCAUUGUCCACAUAAACAAAUAGCUAGGAGAAGUUUUAUAAGGCACCUGGCAAGACAUGAUACUCAAACGACUUUCAAAUGUAAUAACUGUGAUGCUUCAUUCAGUACUAAACGAUGCUUAGAAAACCACGUCUUACAGAAACAUCCUAAAUUUGAGUCAUCCGUGUCCUGUAAAAUACAUAAAUGUACACAUUGUGAAUAUAAAACUACAUUUCCACACUGCUUAGCUAGUCAUAUGAUGAAACAUACUGGAUCUAAGCUCAAGUGUACAAAGUGUGAUGCGUCAUUUACAACCAUACGACCAUUAGACAAUCACAUUUGGCGGAAACAUCCUGAGUUUACUACUUCUGUAUCUCGUAAAUUACAUAAAUGUACACAUUGUGAAUAUAAAACUACAAAUAAGGGGUAUUUAGUUAGCCAUACGAUGAAACAUACUGGAGCUAAGCUCGAGUGUACAAAGUGUAAUGCGUCAUUUACAACUACACUAGCAUUAGACGAUCACAUUUUGCGGAAACAUCCUGAAUUUACUACUUCUGUAUCUCGUAAGAUACAUAAAUGUACACAUUGUGAAUAUAAAACUACAUAUAAGUGGUAUUUAGUUAGCCAUAUGAUGAAACAUACUGGAGCUAAGCUCAAGUGUACAAAGUGUAAUGCGUCAUUCACAACUACACUAUCAUUAGACGAUCACAUUUUGCGGACACAUCCUGAGUUUACUACUUCUGUAUCUCGUAAGAUACAUAAAUGUACACAUUGUGAAUAUAAAACUACAUAUAAGUGGUAUUUAGUUAGCCAUAUGAUGAAACAUACUGCCGCUAAGUUCAGGUGUACAUUUGCAAGAAAGGAAUACUUAGACAACCGCACUUUUGGGAAACAGCCUGAGCUUAUCGCUUCUGGGGGCAAAUUGAAAAAAUCUCUGGAUCGUACCAAUUUCAAUAUGUCGAAUUAUGAUAACUAUGAAUGCUGUAAUGUGACAUUUGAUUGUAAAUCGACAUUUGAUGAUCACGUAAUAAAAAGUCAUGCAGAUAUCAUUCGAUGAACUAUGAAAAAAUAUCGUAUAAAAUACCGAUAAUGAUCUCAUUCAUAAGAAUAUACUCAUACAGGAUAUCCUGAAAGUUGGGAUUUUCAUUUUAAGGAAUAACUACGUUUGAAAUAACAAAGCUAAUGUACGGCAAAAUAGCAGCGAAAAGGUCAGUAAGAAAUUGAAGAAAAAUACUCGCUAUUCAUAUUUUCAAGUACUGCCCUGUUACAUGUUUGUAAACACUGCUUGACACCGUCGCUGUUCGAUUCAAAAACCCGAGCUUGUUUAGUUAUGAACUGUGUUCAACCAGACGACUGUUGCACGAUAAAAACAGACAUACGACUAUAUGCAGCUCUGAAGGAAAGAAACGUCCAGGACGACGGUGACGUUUUGAGAGCACUCGCGGAGUAUCAAUAGGAUGUUUAAGAGGCUCAUAUCAAAUCGAUAUCUACGUUAUUGCUUUAGGAAAGAAUGAGGGUAUUACACGGACAGCAAAUUAAAAAAAUCUCUUGAAGAUGGCAUUUGAUGAGAUGAGCGGGGAGAUGGGCAUGAGCUUCGACAGAAGGAGCACGUAUCUAUUCAUUCAGCCCUACAGACGUACGAACUUUUUUAUUUAUCAACGAUAUUUUUAUUUCCCGAAUUGUUCGCUACAAGUUGUAAAUCAGCAAGGAGGCCUCUAUGUUGGCAAAUAAAGUGAUAACGCAGUUAACGCUGUCUUCCUACCCCUUAUCCCUAGUCAGCUUAACUGGAGAACUAUUUCAUAUUUGACAUUGCGUCGAUUUGUGAUAUUUACGAAUGCUGUAAUGGGACAUUUGAUUGUAAAUCGACAUUUGAUGAUCACGGAAUAAAAAAUCAUGCGGAUAUUCGAUGAACUACAAAAAGGAAAAAACGUCGUAAAAAAUUCUGAUAGUUGUAGCAUUUAUUAGAAUACCACACGGUAAAUAUAUGGUAUCCAGGAAGCUGGGACUAUUGCUUUCAGAAAUAACUACAUUUAAAAUAACAAAGCUAACGUGCGGUAAACUAGCAGCAGCAAAAAAAGAAUGACGGAAAGUACUCUUUAUUCAUUUAUGUUAUUGUAACGACGAUGAAACAUUUAUAUGCCCCACUAUUUAUGUCUGACUAAUUCUUAUGUCACCAUUGACUGCACUAUACUUCUCGCUCUGCUACUCCACCGUAAUCCGUACUCUCUGCCCCAUCUCCCGGCCGCCGAGUUAUAUAUAGUUCAAUUACCACUGCGAGAAAACCACAAAGCGAUAUCUAGAAUGUUGGAGAUCACUUCGCGUCGAUCGGUUGAGGGUUGAAAGGGGUAGGAGGUUGUAAAUGUAGUAUUAGUCAGACGUUUUUAUCACUCAGAAGUUUCUGAUCCCUGUAACAACUGGAAAAUUAAAUGAUAAAAGUCCGAUGUAUAAUGUGCUCAUAAAUAUCUUGGCAAUGCGUGCACGGAGCGAUGCUGCGUCGUCGUGGAGGCCACUGCCGACUGUGCAAUCGGUAACAGAUUCCAACUGGUCUGUGGUGGUGUCAUCAGUGACACAUCGCUACGGGAAGAAUAUUUAUAAAUUUUAAGUUAUAUAUUCUGGCAAUAUUUGGAUAUCAGGAGUACGUACCAUUUUAGUGUUCUGCGAUGCUUUUGUAAAUGAUGACUUUACUGUUUUUAUAUGUACACAUGUAUUUUUCUGAAUUUUAUGAUCCUUAAAUGUACCCACCCAUUUCGCCUAACUUUUAAUUUGUGUUGCUCAGUGGUGUUGCAGUUUUUCAGAAAUAAGAACCCAGUGUCGUGCCAAUUUGUAGUUUCGCUAAAGUUAGUUUUAGGUAAAUUUAGUAUAUUAAUUGAAUUUAUUACCCAUUGCUCUGUAAAUGGUGUAUACUGUUGGGCAAUAUAUGCUUUAUUACUAUUAUUAUUAUUAUCUCUGUCAGAAUUGAUGAAAUCCCAUUUCAAAAAGAGUCAGGAGAAAAUACGAUUUCGGGAAAAUUCUUUUUAAUUCUGACAUUCUGAAAAUAAUCCGAAUUACAAAACUUUCUAAGUGCC